CAGUGCCUCGUCGCCGCGCUCAUGAGCGUGCAGUGUUUGGACAAAGUGGCGCUGCGAGCGUUCGAAACGUUGCGAGAUUCUACGCUAGACAGAGAAGUGACGCUAGAGGCGAUCGCGGCGAUGUCGACGCGCGAGCUCGAGCAACAUCUGUCGACGUUAAACUUGUUCCGCGUCAAGGCGAAGUAUAUUCGAGCGUGCGCAGACGUCAUUCGGCACAAGUUUCGAGGCGAAGUACCUCGCACAGUGGGAGCACUCAAGACGUUGCCUGGUGUAGGGGACAAACUCGCGCACUUAGUCGCGUCAGUUUCGUACGGCGGCGACGAAGACGGCUUCGCGGGAAUCGUCGUUGACACGCACGUAAAACGCGUAGCGAAGAGACUCGGUUGGGCGCAAGCGGGCGACGAUGUGGAAAGUGUGCGCAUGUCGGUGCAGGCGCGCGUCAAGAGAGAGGAAUGGGAAGCCGCGACGCUCGGAUUGAUAGCGCUUGGACAACGAUUUUGCCACGCGAAAGCGCCGGCGUGCGCGGCGUGUCCAGUGAACGCGUCGUGUCCGAGCGCG